AUGGCGGUAUAUGUAAACAGUGUCUACCUCUCCCCUAAGAGGGACAAGUCUAUCAAAGCCCACACUGAAAAACUGGAUGCAGUGACCUAUGAUGAUGUGUGUGUGAACUUCACUCGAGAAGAAAGGACUUUGCUGGAUCCUUCACAGAAGAGUCUCUACAAAGAUGUCAUGCUGGAGACAUACAAGAACCUCACUGCUAUAGGCUACAAUUGGGAAGACCAUAAUAUUGAAGAACAUUGUGAAAGUUCUAGAAGACAUGGAAGGUAA